AGAAAUUUCGUCUGAGAUAAAUGGCUACAUUUGCACUUCCCUUCUGCGAAAUCCCCGAAGAUCUCCAGCUCCGCAUCUUGUCCUUCCUCUCACCAGCAGAGAUCUCCAGCUUCGCCUGCACAUCUAAACGCUUCGCCUCGCUAUGUCAAGAAGACGGCAAAAUCUGGCACGUUAUGUGCGAUCAGAGAUGGGGCCAGAAAACGAAGAUCCAGAAAUGGGGAAAUGGUCAAAUCCCUUAUAGACUCCUUUACAAGACUCUAAAGGGAUUGGAUAAUCUUAUUGGAUUCUGGCGUCUCUGCGGCAGAGCAAAUCCCGCAGCUUCAUCGCCACCGCUUGUUUUCUUCGAUUGGGGUCCUUCUUUUGUAUUGGGAUCUAGAGUUUUAUCCACCGGAGAUGAAACUUAUCAGGUAAAAAAGACACCUUUUCUCUUAAUGGGGAUUUCGUCGGAGGGACGAUCUGAGAAUUUCUUGGAUCUCGUCGGUGGUAAUCUCAGAUCUGUGGAUGAUGAUCUGAAAGAAUUAGAAGCUUCUGACAAUCUCGUCUCUGUGGAUGUGAAUUUCAUGGGGAAUGGUCAUAUCAUUGUGGAGGAGAAUCGAUGCUUUACCAACAACAGUCUUAGAGAAGAGCAGAAGAGCUCAGGGGACGAGAGUGAUGAUUUGAUCUCAUCGCCCGAUUUUUCGGAAAUGUACACUCAAUUGGCGAAUAAGACGAGCCCAGGUGGUGACUGGAGGAGACAGAGGAGGAAGGAGAAGGAGAGGCAAGCGUCGAGGACUAAGUGGGAACAAGAACACUUUCUCAAAGUUGCUGAUUGCUCCCCCACGCCUACUAAACCAUUACAAGGCUUAUGGAAGGGUUUCUGUGAGGGAAACAUGGAGUUAUAUCUGGUCAAAUACGAUGAAGUUGGAGGCAUUAUAUGCAGGAAAGUAGAGGACUUGUCUCUCUCACGGUACACUCCUCCUGUGUUCUGGACACCCAAACAUGCGUUUAUCAGAUCUCCCUUUUCAGCUGAAGAAGAGCUGCUACUGAAUAGUCGAAUCCAUAUUAGCCCUCUCGCCGAAGUUCAUGAAAAUGUUGUAUCUGGAAUGUUGUACAUGAAGUCUAGUUACGAUAUGGUGUUGCCAGGAGAAGCGGCCAAUGGCAUUGGUUUUCUUAGAGGUGAAGGGCGGGUCUGGUUGUAUGAAAAUGGGACUUUCGGUUUCGGGUUUCUUCGAGAUCAAUUUGUCAUCGAUAUGAAACGUGUUGCCCUGGAAGAUGGUUGUCUAGCUGACGAGGUAGAAGCUUCUAUGUGAUUUCUAAAUUCUGAUGGUGAUGGAUGAUCACCGUUUUCUGUACAUAAAAGAGUUUGGUGACUUUUGAACUUUCAAGUUUAGUCUCAUUUUAGUCAUCCUAAACUAGGAUUGUGGAAUAUCGCCUUGUAUUUCUUUGUUCUGUAUAGAUUCUGUAACAAAUAAGAGAUUUGUUU